UUCUGCACAGGACCGCUCGUGACCACAAGCCUUCCCUGAGCUGUGCUUUGGCUUCAUCCUCGCCACCGCCCCUUCCACCCCUCCUCCUUGGCAAAUGCACUGCCCCCUCCGCCCCACUCCAGAGACCUGACUGCUUCUCCUUUUCUGCUCGCCCUCGUCUUGCCAGACUGCGUGGGAAGCGCGCAUUGGCGAAUCGCUCUCCUCCCUUCUGCUCUCCAUUGGGUAACGACGUCGCGAAGGCGGGACUAAGGCUCAGGCUGGAAGGAGAGGCCCCCUUCCCUUUCUCCGGCGCUGUUAUCAAGAGCAGGGCGGAGGAGGUGUGGCCCAGGCAAUCUUGCUUGGAACCAGCCCUUUAGAAUUUACAACAGAAUUGGCAGUGACGGCAGUAGCACUCAUUGCAAUUGUUGCACUUGCAGCGGCGUAGAGCCCCGGCUGUGAAAUCUGCAGCAGUCCUCUGCAAUCAGAACAGCAGCUCCAGCACAGCACUGAAGUCUGCAAGCUCUGUCACUGGAGACCACCUGAGCUGCUCAGUGAUUUGUAGCCAACUAGAGAGGUAAAUCUCUCGCUCUCCACUUCUUUUGUCUUUUUCUCCCCUCUCUGGCAGCUAUUGCGUUCGCAACUUUGCAAUGUCUAAAAAAAUCAAUGGAGGGCCUGUCGUCGAGAUGCAAGGUGACGAAAUGACCCGCGUCAUAUGGGAGCUGAUUAAGGAAAAGCUGAUAUUUCCCUAUGUGGAUCUAGACAUUCACAGCUACGAUUUGGGCAUAGAGCACCGUGAUGCGACAGAUGAUAAGGUCACUGUAGAAGCUGCAGAAGCUAUAAAGAAGUAUAACGUAGGAAUCAAGUGUGCCACAAUCACUCCCGAUGAGAAGAGGGUCGAAGAAUUCAAGCUGAAGCAGAUGUGGAAAUCUCCAAAUGGAACAAUCCGAAACAUUCUGGGAGGCACUGUCUUCAGAGAAGCUAUUAUCUGCAAAAACAUCCCCCGGCUGGUAUCCGGAUGGUUAAAGCCCAUCAUCAUUGGCCGUCAUGCUUACGGAGACCAAUACAGAGCCACAGACUUUGUAGUUCCUGGUCCUGGGAAAGUAGAGAUGAUCUACACACCCAAGGAUGGAGGCAAACCUGUAACUUAUUUGGUCCAUAACUUUGAAACUUGUGGAGGUGUGGCUCUGGGGAUGUACAAUCUUGACCAAUCCAUCAAGGACUUUGCCCACAGUUCUUUCCAGAUGGCACUGGCUAAAGGCUGGCCUCUUUACAUGAGCACCAAGAACACCAUUUUGAAGAAAUAUGAUGGACGCUUUAAGGACAUCUUUCAGGAGAUCUAUGAAAAGGAAUACAAGCCGCAGUUUGAAGCCAAAAAAAUCUGGUACGAGCAUCGGCUCAUAGAUGAUAUGGUGGCCCAAGCUAUGAAAUCUGAGGGAGGAUUUAUCUGGGCCUGCAAGAACUACGAUGGUGAUGUGCAGUCUGAUUCAGUUGCACAAGGUUAUGGCUCCCUGGGGAUGAUGACCAGUGUCCUGAUAUGCCCUGAUGGCAAAACAGUGGAAGCUGAAGCUGCUCAUGGCACAGUCACCCGUCACUAUCGCUUUUACCAGAAAGGUCAAGAAACCUCCACUAACCCUAUUGCCUCCAUAUUUGCCUGGACUAGAGGUCUAGCUCACAGAGGAAAGUUGGAUAACAACUCAGAGCUCCAAAACUUUGCUUCUGCCUUGGAGGAAGUCUGUGUGGAGACCAUCGAGGCUGGCUUUAUGACAAAAGAUCUAGCUGCUUGCAUUAAAGGGCUACCAAAUGUGAAGCGCUCCGACUAUUUAAACACAUUUGAGUUCAUGGAUAAACUUGCUGAAAACCUGAAGGCAAAGCUGUCCUCUCAGCCAAGACUGUAAAAGCAGGCCUCCAGGAGUCACUUUGGCAAGAAGGCUGCCUACCUGUAAUGAAUUAAUCACAACACUGUGUAGCGUAAAACUUCUAAGUAUGAGAAAUCAACCUAAAAAAAAUUGGAAACAUCCUCAGUCGUUCUUAUCCCCUAGGAAAUUGAGUGGUGGUUGUCUGACAAAGGCAGCAGGGCAGGCUAGAUGGCUGCCUUUGUGACAAAUUAAGUUGUCCCUCUCACCAGCCAGCCAACAUCCCGCCCCCCCACAGAAUAAUAAAUACUCUGGGUGAGUUCUGUAGCAAAUCUGUUUGUAAAAAAUCAAACAGGUGUUUUGCUUUCCAGCAAUGGUCCUUAGCUAUAGGCCCUCACUGGGCUAUAUUGACAACGAAGAUUCUUUUUAAUAACUGGUUUUUAAAGAAUCUUGAAAAUAGACUAAAGCCUGUCAUAGGCAAGGUGCUCAAGAGGAUUUUACUUACCAAGGGGCGGGGGGAUUACUUACUACUGGAAGCACUGGCAUGUACAGCAGAAACUUUGACAAAUACAGCACAGUCCUUUGUUUCAUUAUGUUUUGUAACCAAGUUGAAGUACAGGGAUUGUUGCCUUGAUUCAUGUGUGUCAUUGAGGUGCAAUUACUCAAGCUGUCUCUCAUCAGCCAUUUGAACUUUUUUUUUUUGUGACUUGAGAGUACAGCACAGCCUGGCAUUAAUCAUUCCAUCCAUGUUUUGUUUUUUUGAAGAGGGGGAAUAGAUUAAUAAACCAUUAAAAUCCA